GCCGCCACUGCUGAGCCGCAUGGACCGGGCCCCGCGCCGCGGCUGCUCCGAGCGGGACAAACGCAUUCACUCUGGGACUACUGAUACUGGUGUUUUGAGACUAAGCCUGUUCCCUCAUUGUUCCUGUGCAAGCAGGCACCAUAAAAAUGAAUAUCCAGGGGAAAGGCUUCCCUUUGGAUCUUGCGGGAAGCUUCACCGAAGAUGCUCCAAGGCCACCGGUCCCUGGUGAAGAGGGUGAGCUAGUUUCUACAGAUCCAAGGCCAAUCAGCCACGGCUUCUACUCUAGUAAAAGUGACGUGAUUAAAAAUGAGACUUCCACAGCAACACCGAGGCGCUCUGAUCUGGAUUUGGGAUAUGAACCUGAGGGGAGUGCUUCUCCAACUCCACCCUACCUGAAAUGGGCUGAGUCGUUACACUCCUUGUUGGAUGAUCAAGAUGGGAUAAAUCUGUUCAGGACUUUCCUGAAGCAGGAGAACUGUGCCGAUUUGCUGGACUUCUGGUUUGCUUGCAGUGGCUUCAGGAAGCUAGAGCCCUGCGUCUCCAAUGAGGAAAAGAGGCUCAAAUUGGCUAAAGCUAUUUACAAAAAAUACAUUCUGGACAAUAAUGGGAUAGUGUCCCGGCAAAUUAAACCAGCCACAAAAAGCUUCAUAAAAGAUUGUGUCAUGAAACUGCAAAUUGAUCCUGACAUGUUUGACCAGGCCCAAACUGAGAUUCAGUGCAUGAUCGAAGAUAAUACCUAUCCUUUGUUCCUUAAGUCAGAUAUUUAUUUGGAAUAUACAAGGACAGGUGGGGAAAGUCCUAAAAUUUAUAGUGAUCAGAGCUCAGGAUCUGGGACAGGAAAAGGACUGCCUGGAUAUUUGCCUACUCUUAAUGAGGAUGAGGAGUGGAAGUGUGACCAAGACAUCGAAGAGGAAACCAGCCGAGAUUCAGCCCCAUCCAGCAGGCUUACUCAGAAGCUGCUUUUGGAGACAGCCACCCAGCGUGCCACCUCAACCAGGCGAUAUAGCGAGGGAAGAGAGUUCAGGCAUGGGCCGUGGAGAGAGCCAGUUAACCCUUACUAUGUCAACACAGGGUAUGCUCUGGCCCCAGCCACCAGUGCCAAUGACAGUGAGCAGCAGAGCAUGUCUAGUGAUGCAGACACCAUGUCGCUGACAGACAGCAGUGUAGAUGGGAUCCCCCCGUACAGACUCCGAAAGCAGCAUCGCCGAGAGAUGCAGGAAAGUGCCAAAGCAAAUGGACGUGUGCCACUACCUCACAUUCCUCGUACGUACCGAAUGCCAAAGGAUAUCCAUGUUGAACCACAGAAGUUUGCUGCAGAGCUGAUCAAUCGCCUGGAGGAAGUACAAAGGGAACGUGAAGCAGAGGAGAAAUUAGAGGAGCGCCUUAAACGCGUUCGAGCGGAAGAAGAAGGUGAGGAUGCAGACAUCUCUUCUGGUCCUUCAGUCAUUAGCCACAAGCUGCCUUCCGCCCAGGCCUUGCAUCACUUCACUCCUCGUUACUCCGAGAUGGGUUGUGCUGGGAUGCAGCUGCGAGAUGCUCAUGAAGAAAACCCGGAGAGCAUUCUCGAUGAACAUGUACAGCGAGUAAUGAAAACUCCAGGUUGUCAAUCCCCUGGACCUGGCCGCCAUUCACCUAAGCCCCGGUCACCAGAAAGUGGUCAGGCUGGAAAGAUGCAAGGGACAAUACCUCCAGGGCAUGGCAAGCAUGCAACAAAAUCAGGAAUGAAACUGGAUGCAGCUAACUUAUAUCACCAUAAACAUAUCUACCACCAUAUUCAUCACCACAGCGUGAUGAAACCGAAGGAGCAGAUUGAGGCUGAAGCCUCUCAGAGAGUGCAGAACAGCUUUGCUUGGAAUGUAGAUUCACAUAACUAUGCAACAAAAUCCCGGAACUACACUGAAAGCAUGGGCCUGGCUCCCAACCCUGCGGAUUCCUUGGGCUACAGUGGGAAAGCGAGUCUGCUCUCAAAAAGAAAUGUCAAGAAGACUGAUUCAGGGAAAAGUGAUGGUGCCAACUAUGAGAUGCCUGGAUCUCCUGAGGACGUGGAGAGGAACCAGAAAAUCCUUCAGUGGAUCAUCGAAGGAGAGAAGGAGAUCAGCAGGCAUAAGAAAACAAGCCAUGGCUCCUCAGGUGCCAAGAAGCAGCUGGCGCAUGAGAUGCCCAGACCUCUCUCCAUCGAGCGCCCCGUCGCUGUGCACCCCUGGGUCAGUGCUCAGCUCAGGAACAUCGUCCAACCUUCUCACCCGUUCAUUCAAGAUCCUACCAUGCCGCCCAACCCAGCCCCCAACCCUCUGACACAGCUGGAAGAAGCACGCAGGCGACUGGAGGAAGAGGAGAAGAGGGCUGGCAAACUGCCCCCCAAACAGAGGUUGAAGCCCCAGAAGAGACCAGGCAAUGGUGCUUCCCAGCCAUGUGAGAAUAUUGUGGUCGCGUACUACUUCUGUGGAGAGCCCAUCCCUUACCGCACCUUGGUCAAGGGGCGUGUGGUCACGCUGGGACAGUUUAAGGAGCUGCUCACCAAGAAAGGGAACUACAGGUAUUACUUUAAAAAAGUGAGCCAUGAGUUUGACUGCGGAGUGGUGUUUGAGGAGGUACGCGAGGACGAGGCCACCCUGCCCAUCUUUGAGGAGAAGAUCAUUGGAAAGGUUGAGAAGAUUGACUAACAGGAGAGCCAAGAGGCCUGGGAAAGAUUUUGGAAAUCUCAACAGUCUAGAGCAGAUCCAGAGUCGGUGCUCUGGGAGGCACAGAUCCCUCGGUACUGGGCUGACCCAGGCUGAGGGAGGCACCUCGAUCCCUCCCGAGGACUUCCAGGAGCUACGCAUUGCCAGUGGGAGGAGUUCCAUCACACAGACUUGCCGGCGGGAUGCCCGCCAGGCUCCCUGUCCAGACAGAAUAUUACGUGUAUUGUAGCAUUGUACAGUUGCAUUAGAAAGUGUAAUAUGACCUUGUUUACUAAAGCUGCAUAUUUUUGAUAUAUUGUAAUAAAAGGAAAAUCUUUCCAA